AUGUCUAAUGCGAGUCUCUUCUUACAAUGUCUGAUAGGCAUGCAAUGCAAGGACUUCGCCAUAAUCGCAGCCGACCAGACCAACACACAGAGCAUUAUCGUCAUGAAACACGAUGAGAACAAGUUCUACGACAUGUCAGAUCAUUUGGUGAUGGGUAUCAUCGGAGCUCCUGGAGACAGGGCUCAGUUUGCGCAGUUCAUCGCCAAGAACGUGCAGCUUUAUAAGAUGAGGAACGGGUACCAGCUCACUACGGCAGCCACUGUUCAUUUCACCAGGAAAACGCUGAUGGAGGCUUUAAAAACUGGAACGCCAUCGAUGGUGAACAUGCUGGUAGCUGGUUAUGACACUGAGAAUGGAGGACAGUUGUACACCAUGGACUUCUUAGCUUCCAGCUUGAGGGUGCCGUUUGCGGUGCAUGGUUUUGGAGGCCUACUGUGCCUGGGUAUACUGGACCGCUAUCAUAAGCCUGAAAUGACAGAAGAAGAAGCUUACGAAGUAAUAAAGCAAUGUAUCCGGGAAGUCCACUCGAGGCUGUUCGUGAGCCUACCCAACUUCUUAGUGAAGGUCAUCAACAAGGAUGGAAUUAAGGAGAUGCCCAUCGUGACACCGGCAACGUAUAUACUGCAAGCUCAAGCUUAG